AUGCCUCUAUUUGUAUGGGCUGUAUUAAUUACAGCAGUUCUAUUACUUCUAUCUUUACCUGUAUUAGCCGGUAAACUAAUUCUGCCGGCUUUAAAUUCGGCUAUUUGCUGGGAACUGUUUGAUAAUUAUACAUUAUGUCAAACACAAUCAGCAGGAAACCCAUUAGAUUUGAAUCUUUUGGGGAUCUUCAGAGACUACACGCCGAAAUUAAUCUGUUGUACUAUUCUACCUGUAUCCCAAUUAAAACCCAAUAAAGUCAAUAAAGACUUAAGAUUCUUUGAUGAAUCUAAUUUAAACUUAACCAAUUAUAAUUUAACUAAUUCAAAUUUUAAUUCUUAUUUUGCUGGAUUGAUCGAAGGUGAUGGUACAAUUAUUGUACCUAAAGCUGAAAGAUCACCCAAAGGAAGAAUUAAUUACCCUUCAGUACAAAUUGUUUUUCAUCUGAAAGAUUUACCAUUAGCCUUAGUUAUUCAAAAACAAAGAAGAAAUGGAUCUCUUUCUAGAAAAAAAGGAGUAAAUGCUUACAUCUUAACUAUCAACAAUUAUGAAGGAUUAUUAAUUAGUCGCUACAUUACUUAA